AUUAGGAACUUACUUUGCCAUAAUGUGCUUCUUCGACCAAGUCAUGUGGACAUGCGGCGACUGGAAGUGGGACCGUUUCCGUCAGCACUGCAACCGCGAGUACCGUACUGGAGAGACAUGUGGUAUGAAGCUUGUCUAUGCCGUCGCCAGAAGCAACGACAAGUGUAAGAUCUGCCAGAAGAUUGACGCCAAGCUUCGUCGUCGUUCAGCAGAGGUAGCAAAGAUCCAACGAUGGCAAUCGGAGGGUAGUAAGCUGAAGGCAUCCAUCGAAAGAUCUUAUGAGAUUGUCAAAGACCUCGACCAGGAGAUCUACCAGUUGCAGAUCGAGAAGCAGCGAAAGACUCAGGCGAUUGGCAAGUCCCGCUGAGGAUUCAGGUACUGACGCCGUCGUGAUUGCAGCAAGUCUUUGUUGCUUCCAGGGCGCUGCAGUCUAUCGAAGUUACGGACCAGCCAGCUCAUUGAGGACGAUGAGGUCGAUCCUUUUGUUUCUCAGAGACUUUUCAUUUGUCUGUCAUGAUUGUCUGUCCCGGGUUCUAUCAUCUCUGCUUUCCUCUUUCUUUGGUCUAGGUCUUUCUUCAAAGACAAUCAAUAUACAAACAUUGUUAUGCUCGAGUUUUAUG